AUUUUAUCAAUUAUGGCUCAAAUAGAGGAAGAACACAAAAUCAUUCAUUUAGAGAUUAAAUACACAUCAGAAAUUCACAAAGAUGUACCUAUUGAUCUCAAUGGAACUGUGCUUAAAUUCUAAGAAACACUUCAUGAAAUUUUAAAAGUUCCUAUUGAAAAAUAGAAGAUUAUGAUAAAGGGAUCACUUUUAAAAAAAGAUCAAGAUCUUUCUAAAUUAAAUCUUAAGAAUGUAAACAUUAUUCUAUUUCAUAGGGUUAAUAAAUUAUGGUCAUGGGAGCAAGGGAUGAACAUCUUAUUAAUUUGAAUUAAAAAAAAAAAUUAUUUGAAGAUGAUCUUACUCCAGAAUAGAAGGCUAUUUUAUUAAAAUAGAAAGCAGGAGUACAUAUUUUUGAUUAUAUAAAUAUUAGAUUGUUUUACCAAUAGGAUUAGUCAAUUUAGGAAAUACAUGUUACAUGAAUGCCUCCAUUUAAAUUUUGAGAAGAGUUAAUGAAUUAAAUGAAUAUAUAAAGAAUAACAAAAAGUAAGGAUAAGGACUAAGUGUCAAGUUAUUUAAUGCAUUACAAGAUGUAUUCUAAAAGCUUGAACUUAAAGGUGAACCAUUUCAACCAAAUCAUUUUUUAUCAGUAAUCAAUAUCAAAAAUAAAAAUAUAGAUUUUCUUUUAAUUAUAUCCAGAUUUUGGUUAAAAAGAAAAUCAAAUAGCAUACAAAUAAUAGGAUGCAGAUGAAUGUUUUUAAAAUAUUCUUUAAACAAUUGAGCCAUUGACUUCUUAUGAGAAUGAGGAAGGACAACAAAGAAAUUUAAUCAAAGAUUUAUUUGAGAUAGAAUUAAAAUCAACAAUUGAGAAUCAAGAUAUUCCAGAUGAACCAAAAAAGGUGAGUAUAGAAAAAGGAAAGAAAUUAAUGUGCAUUAUUGAUAAUUAGAGCAAACCAGUAAAUACUUUAUUAGAAGGUAUAACAGUAAGUUUGGAAGCAUAAAUAGAAAAAAUAUCAGAGACAGAUUAAUAAACUCAUUUAUAUAAGAAAACAUCAAGAAUUAGUAAAUUAGUAAGAAAUAAUUAAUAUUAUUAAAGCCUAGUUAUUUAUUAUGUUAGAUGGUUAGAUUUUAUUGGAAGUAAGGAGUAUAAGGUAAGGAGGGAGUAAAAGCUAAAAUAUUAAGAAAUGUGGCAUUUCCUAAAAUUUUAGAUUUAUUUGACUUUUGUGCACCUGAGUUGUAAGAACAAUUGCAUGCAGGAAGAGAGUAUGAAAAAAAGAAGCUUUUAGAGAUGGCUGCAAAAGAGACUGAUGAAUUAGAAUAAUUUAAAAAAGAUUUAGAGGCAUCAGGAAAGAUAGUUCCAGAUGAUACUAGAGAGAUUUAUAAAUUAUUUAAAGCUAAAAAAUAGUAAGAGGAAAUUUAAAAUCAUGAUGAUUAAUUGUAUAGAAAACAUGGAUUUGGAUUAGUUACAGGAAAUUAUGAAUUGAUUGGUGUUUUGAGUAUUUUAUUAUAUCGAUGAUUUAAGCACAUACUGGAAGAGAAGCUGAUUCAGGACAUUAUAUGGCAUGGGUUCAUCAUUCAGGUGAAGAUUGGAUUUGGUAUGAUGAUGAAAAAACAUCAGAUAGGAAAAUUGAACAUAUUUUAGAUUUAAGAGGAGGUGGAGAUUGGCAUAUGGGUUAUUAUCUACUAUAUAGAAGAUUAGAGAUUGAGUGAUA